GCGUGGGCCAGGCAUGGGUCUCACAGCCCAAGGUGCUUCGAGCGACAGGCUCGACGAGGACGAGCCUCACCCUGCGGGCGAGCGGUUCGACCGACCGAUGGGCGUUUGGAGGCGGCGGCAGGGACGCGGGAGGGCCGUGGGGGACGCGGGAGCAGCAAGCAGCUCGGCGUGAGGGAAGGGCUUGCGGGGGAGAGAGGGAGGGAGAGGGAAGAGAGGCAGGGAGUGUGUGUGUGUGUGUGUGUGUGUGUGUGUGUGUGUGUGUGUGUGUGUGUGUGCGUGCGAGAGAGAGAGGGAGAGAGAGAGAUCGGGCGAGGCACUUGGAGGUUUUGUUGUGUUACAACUGAGCGGUCUGUUUCUGUGUCCUGAUCACACAGUCACUGUUCUCCCCGUGGGCAAUCGCCACCGCUCGUCCUCUUUCACUCUCAUCGCUGAACUCCUCGUAGAUCUUCUCCAUCCUGCCUCCCUCCCUCCCUCCUUCUCUCUCUGUGUCUCUCUUUCUCUUUCUCUUUCUUCUGUCUUUCUUCUGUUCGUCUUCCUGCCUAUCCGUCUAUUCCAGUGCUUUCGCACGGGUCUCACCUAGCCACCUGCCCAGCAGCCAGCUGGUGGCUCUUCAGCGGCGACAAGGGGCAUGCUAGCGCGCUCUCGAGUCGAGGGAAGGACAAUCAAGUGUCUGGCGGAUCGUCUUCGUCUCGAUUUGACGGUAAAUAAGAAGGACGACGUUGACCAGCUCGUCAGCAGGAAGACAGGCGAUGGAGGGGGGAGGACAAAGAGCCAAGAUGGACGGCGAGGCGGCGCUUGACGACCCUGCCCUCCUGCAGGCCAUCGAGAAGCUGCAGGAAGUUCAAGACGAACUCGAUCGGGUUAAUGAGGAGGCUACGGACAAGGUGCUCGAAGUUGAGCAGAAAUACACAGAGAUCAGAAGACCGGUGUACAAGAAACGAUCGGAAAUCAUUUCACAAAUCCCGGAUUUCUGGCAGACAGCGUUUUUGACGCAUCCUGCCCUGUCGCAAGAGCUCACGGUGGAAGAUCGGAAGGUUUUCAAGUACCUGAAUCAACUUGAGGUAGAGGUUUUGGAAGAUGUCAAGGCCGGUUACGACAUUUGCUUUACAUUCAAGCCGAAUCCCUACUUUGAAGAUGCGAAGUUGGUGAAAUCGUAUAGAUUUGUGGAUGGAGGUGCCGUCAAGGUCUCAGGGACAGCACCGAAGUGGAAGGAGGGCAUGGAUCUCACUGCAAAUGGAGCAUCUGCACAGGCAGGGGCAAAGAGGAAACAUGUGCCCACAAGUUUCUUCCAGUGGUUCCUGGAUGACCAUCGCGAGGAUGACGAGGACUUGGAUGAUGAGAUUGCGGAGUCGAUUAAGGAUGAAUUGUGGCCCUACCCAUUGAAGUACUUCAAUCAGAAUAGUGAGGAUGAUGCUGGCGAUUGCGAAGAGGGGGAUGACGAGGAUGAAGAAGAAGGAGACAGUGAAGAGGAGGGCCAAGAAGGGGACGGAAACGGAGUCUUUGAGGAGGACGAAGAUGAAGAAGAUGAAGACGAGGACGAGGCUGAAUGAGCUGUAUUUUGCAUGUAAGAAGAGUCUCUGGCUGUGGACAGAGCAUAGCUCACGAGUUCCCUAGACGGUAGGUAGUCUUCUGGGGGUCGUCUACUGUGCUGCUGGGAGCUUGUCCGGAAUUCUUGUGUGUACGGGAAACACCCCUGUGCAAGCAAAAUCCUUCAGCAGGCAAAGUCUCAGAGGGAGCACUGUUACUUUUCGACAUGGGGAUGAUGAUGCGAAGAGGCCUGCUGCCUAGAAUCUACAGCUGUGGCAAUCAUGGCUGCCUACCAUGCCCAUCGGAGUGUUUGUUUCGUUAAAAACGCGAAAGCAAUUUUGAGUGGAAGAAAUGUGUGUCUGUCUAUGCGCAACCUCUCCCUACCUCGCAUCAAGAGUUUUGGUAAACUCACGGAGAGGGAGAAGGGGGAGUGGAGUUGUUGCCGUUGGAAUAGGGGUAUAGAGAGGGGAAACGGGGUGGUCUCUUUCUCUUUGACUAGUUGUGCUGGUACAAGAGGCCAGUGCGCUGCGGAGGAAGUCGACAAGCGUGAGAAACUGGCUGGGACCAGGUGGUAUUACCACCUGGGUAAAACGAGGAAGAAAUGAAGUGGAUACUCUUCUACCUUUCUCCAGUCGUCAUUGCGGCCAGACCUACGGAGCAUAAGAGUAACCAGGUGGGUGGGCAGCCGAUGUCGCUCACGGAGUCUGUUUUUGGUUAGCCGAUUGUAUACGAGAGAAGUCUCUUUGAGUCCCUUAAGGAAGGAGAAACUUGACAGCAAAAAGCUGUGGGGACGGUAUAAACGGAAAAAUUCUGUCGACGGCGAGAGGUGACUUCAUGACGCAUGGAUGGAGCAAAAGAAAGUGAUGUGCGGAGCUAUUGGCUGAACAACCAAAUGGGUGCAACAGUGAAUCAUCUUGACCCGGGUAUCUGCAAGCUGCUGAACAAGGGUGAAGAAAAGAAAGUCUACUGCACAAGCCAGGGGGUUGCUGAUGUCGAGGGCGCAGCUCUGCGCAUGACAGUCAGUUGGUGUUGCUGAGGCCAAUGACUAUCUGGCGUUUCAUACAUUGUUCUCCUCUGUGAGUCGAUUGCUGAGUUGUGUGGAGUGGUGGAGUUGCUGUUGGUAGAGUCGCUCAGGCAGGGAGACGAAUGGGGAUAUGCUAGAGAAAGGGUUUUGGAACUUGUGGAACUACCCUCUUGUUUUAGCCUGGGUUGAUUGAUAUCCCAAAAUUAGGUCUCUUUUUAGCGAUGUAAAACACCACAUUUGAGGUGGAUGUCUGUGAGUGUUUGCAGGUGUGCGUGUUGUACUGUAUGGAGAUGUGGCUGCAAGUAUUUGCUGUGUGGCCAUGUCAGUAAGUAUAAGCUUGGCUGUACAAACAAGUUGGGUGCACCUGAUUCUGGUUGCGUCUUUGCAAUCACAUCAAUGUCAUGGAAUAUGAAUGCAUCGCCGUCAUUAUGAGAGCAAGUUCUGUUGAGUGCGCUUGCCACGGCAUUUGCAAGUGCAACUUAUAUAUUCUGGGCAGAUGUCGGCAGGAGAGGCCAUUGAGAGAAAGGGGGGGGUGGGGUGGGGUGGGGUGUUGUUGUGCCCUGAUCUUGAUGUCAUCGUGUAGAAUUUACAUAUGGUGAUCAGUGCAGUCUCUGCUUUGUGAGGAGGUAUGUAGUUGGUUCCAACUGUGAAUUUGCUGUUUCACAUGCUCAUGGUUAUACAUGACGCUGCCAACGCCACCAUUAAAAAGUACUUACUGGAAGUGAUUCUAUCUAUCAGAGGUCCCAAGGUGUCUUUUGCCUUGAUUUGAUAGUGGGCAUUGCAGGAAAUCUCAAAG